UGAAAACUUGCACCAGGUGUCGCAAGCGAAUGGAACCACUGCACGGUGGAAUUUGUGUGGAAGACGUUAGUGUUAUUAUCAAUAAAAUGCCUACCAAUUUCAUAUUUGUUUAUUGUAACGUAUUAAUAAGUCAUUCGCGAUAGUUAACGUAGUGUUGGAGAAUUUAAUUUUGCUAAAUUAUUUUAAGAUUUCAUAAGUUGAAUCAAUCUUACGUUAGGCUUACGUUGAAAGACUUAAAAUGGCGACCAUGACUUCUUUUCAUAACAAACUUGUUAGUUUAGAAGCUCGUUUAAGAGCUGAAAAUGAUUCCAGAAAUAGGGAUAGGAUGCCCAGAGAUUUAAAUUCAGAUUUUACUAGUCCACGAUUGUCUCCAAGACCCAGGCCUAAGCCAUUACCAUUAUUUGGAGCACCAGGAAGGCCAGAUGGUAGUUCGCGUAGUCGGAGAACUAUAGCUCUUUCUGGUGCCUCACAUUAUAGACAAUUUGAAAGUAUAAAUGAAAAUGAUACAAAGUUACAAGAAAUUAUGAAACAGGCAAAUAUUCUUACAAUUGAUCAGACGGUAAGAUUAUAUAUAAAAGUUUUUUUAUAUUUUAAAGGGAUACAAAAAAUCGACUGGACGUAUUCUCUACAACAUCGGACGAUUAGCAUAGAGUUUAGGGCACCAAAACUGGUGAGCCGAACAAAGAAGACACGUGCCCCGCAAGGACAAUCCAUCUCCAUCNAUAAAGAAGAAAACAAAAGAAUAACCAUGGAUUUAGAUGUAGUUUUAAGAUGUCAUGACUGUGCUCACAUUGUUCAGUGUUACGGUUAUUUUAUUACAGAGUCUGAUGUUUGGAUAUGUAUGGAAUUAAUGGCAACAUGUCUGGAUAAGUUAAUGAGACGUUUAAAAUCUCCUCUACCAGAAGAAAUUCUAGGGAAAAUGGCUGUGGCUAUAGUGAAAGCACUCCAUUAUUUAAAAGAAGAACAUGGUGUUAUUCAUCGUGAUGUUAAACCAUCUAAUAUUCUUCUAGACGAGAAAGGAACUGUUAAAUUAUGUGAUUUUGGAAUUAGUGGUCGUUUAGUGGAUUCGAAAGCAAAGACACGAUCGGCUGGAUGUGCAGCAUAUAUGGCACCUGAACGAAUAGAUCCACCUGAUCCAAGUCAGCCUGAUUAUGACAUUAGGGCUGAUGUCUGGAGUUUAGGUAUCUCAUUGGUGGAGUUAGCUACUGGAAAAUUUCCAUAUCAAGACUGUAAAACAGAUUUUGAGGUUUUGAGUAAAGUACUUCAAGAAGAUCCUCCACGUUUACCUUCUGAUAGUGGUUUUUCUCCAGAAUUUUGUGACUUUGUACAACAAUGGUAAUAAUUUAAAUAUAAAUGCUUUUGAUUAAUUACUGUGUGGUGCCCAUGCAUUGAUUAUAAGUAAAUAUUUCAUAACAAUAAAUUAAGUUAGAAAAUUCUGUUUAUUACUUGAUUGAAUGAGAGUUUGUUUAUUUGUACUGUAUAUAACAAAUUCUCACAGUGGUAUGCCAUUCAUGGAAGCUGUGGAAGCACCACUUCCCUUGUAUUU